UCAUAUCUUAUCAAUGUAUGUGCAUGAUUGAACCGCUCUUUUAUCACAUCUGUCUUUUAAUGUACAUGUUUACUCAAACAUGUAGCUGAUACUUUGAAAUCUUAUCGCUGAACGAUAAUGGCGUUGUAAACAUGACGCCGAGUGGAUUACGAAAUGUUCAUGCUCAAACCCAAGUUUUGUUUCCAACGCAGUGUUCACUUUCGUUUCCCAUUCAGCUGUCUGAAAAACGAAACACAAGCAAUGCCAAUGCCCAGGCGGAUCAUGGCACUUCUCUCUCGGUGGAGCUCGCGUGUUUCCUCCGUGGAUGUGGACGGAGAAGCGGUUUACUUUAAAAUCCCCGACAACCGACCCGGAACAUCGGGGAAAGAAAUGCAGCGCUUGUUUGGUCAUGUGCAAAAGGAUGUGAAGUGUUAUUCUUUGCUCGUUUCCAGCGGGGACGCAAUCCACAGCGCCAGGUUUCACUGGGGACUCAAAGACAAGCUGCUAAAAGAUCUUCCUCCCCAGUGUCGUUUAUUUCCGAUGUCCUCGUUUCUACCUAACGUCAAAGAUUCCCUCAUACGUGGCUAUUUCUUACAAGCUGCUUCCCCUGAGAGCUCCGACACUACAGAGCAACUUUUACGACAGUGGCUGCAGCAUGAAGACCCCUUAUUGGUGUGUUCAUACUCUCGUGUAAAUGAGGAGGACACUCCACGUCCACGGUGGAUUCAGAACCUGUGGAACGACGAACAGAAUCAUGACAUAGUACUGACAGAAGCGCCACAGUAUCACCCGGCAACGCUCAACCUGAUAAACAACGACGUUUUUUACAGUUUCCAAGAGGCCCGUGAUGUCUUAAAGAAGUGCGCUGACAUCAUUCCGGAGGCGGCAUCUGUACUGGAGCAGCUGCCUCGCAGCGGUGGCAUGGAAGCCAGAAGCAAACCAGACGUCCCUGUUAUUGUCUUAGAAGGCCUGGAUGCCACAGGUAAAACCACAUUGGCUGAGUCUCUCAGGGAUGUACUGGGGGCCACUCUUCUGCGUUCCCCUCCGCAGUGUCUCUCACCCUGGAGGGCCCGCUUUGAUCAGGAGCCUCCUAUCCUCCGCAGGGCUUUCUACGCACUGGGCAACUAUAUCACAGCGCACCAAAUUUGCAGCCAAACUUCUGAGACACCUGUCAUCAUUGACAGGUUCUGGCACAGCACAGCUGCCUACGCCAUCGCUACAGCCGUUAACGGUCCAGUGUGUAACCUCCCAGCAGAGGGCUCCGAGCUCUACCGCUGGCCCACUGACCUUCUCCAUCCCAGUCUGGUUGUCCUUCUUACACUGGACCCUGAGGAGAGGAAGAGGAGGCUAAGAGACAGAGGUCAAGGGGAGACCAAAGAGGAGCAUGAGCUGGAUCACAACCGACUGUUCCGACUCAGAGUGGAGAAGGCUUACGGGAGGAUCAGUGGUCCAACGUGCAUCAGCGUGGACGCCAGCUCCUCUGCACAGCAAGUGCUCCAACAAGUGCUGCUUUUAAUUAAGGCCAAAUGCCACUUGUAAACAACUCAUGUCUUUGCUGAGCUUCAAGUGGAUGCACUAUCUAGAGUGGCCACUGGGUGCCAGUAAAGCAAUGUGAAUGGCACAGUGGCCUAAAUUGUAUAAAGUGAGACGCUCCACAGAGUGCCGGAGUACCCAGGUUGACCCAACCAGGAAUACAUAUUCAUCCACACACACAUAGACACAAUUCCUAAGCCGAAGAUUGCAUUUAACUGCUGUUGUGAGCGUGCAGAAAUCACACCAAGUAUACUUCAGGCCCUGUGGAGCGCCGUUUACUCAGCCUCUUGUUCUAGUGAUGGCAAAAAAAGGAUGAGAAGAGAACGAAUGUAUGGAAGAGGCACUUAAAUUCAAAUUGUAAAAGCAAGUGCAAUGUAAAGCAAAAUUAUAAGGUAUAACUGCAAAUAAAG